CCUAGAUCAGAUGAGAGAAAGGGUUCCAGAAAACUCUCACUAUAAAUUCUAACGCUUCAACUUCCGCUCAACCCUGCCUCCCAAAACCCUAGAGUAAGUAGCAAUUCCGCAGAGGAACACUCCUUCGCCAAACCAGAAAAUGGCCGCCGCCGCCCGUCCCCUCGUCUCCGUCCAGGCCCUACCUACAAUGAACGAUAUGGCCGCCGAUUCCCCGGCCACCGUUCCGCUACCCGACGUCAUGCGGGCCUCUAUCAGACCCGACGUCGUGAACUUUGUUCACUCCAACAUGUCGAAGAACAGCCGGCAACCCUACGCCGUCUCCAAGAAGGCCGGCCACCAGACCUCCGCCGAGUCCUGGGGUACCGGCCGUGCUGUCUCUCGUAUCCCCCGUGUUCCCGGUGGAGGAACUCACCGCGCCGGUCAGGGAGCCUUCGGAAACAUGUGUCGAGGCGGUCGCAUGUUCGCUCCGACCAAGAUCUGGCGCCGCUGGCACCGGAGGAUCAACGUCAACCAGAAGAGGUACGCCGUCGUUUCCGCCAUCGCCGCCUCCGCUAUCCCUUCUCUGGUGAUGGCUCGCGGCCACCGGAUCGACACUGUCCCCGAGCUGCCCCUGGUGAUUAACGACUCUGCCGAGGGGGUUGAGAAGACAUCCACCGCCAUCAAGCUGCUGAAGGAGAUCGGAGCUUAUGCUGAUGCCGAGAAGGCGAAGGACAGCGUAGGGAUUCGUCCUGGAAAAGGUAAGAUGAGGAACAGGAGGUAUAUUUCUCGCAAGGGACCUUUGGUUGUGUAUGGAACUGAAGGCGCUAAGCUGGUGAAGGCCUUCCGCAACAUUCCUGGAGUGGAAGUGGCCAAUGUGGAUCGUCUGAAUCUUUUGAAGCUUGCCCCUGGUGGCCACUUGGGUCGAUUUGUCAUCUGGACUAAGUCGGCUUUUGAGAAGCUUGACUCCAUCUACGGCUCCUUCGACAAGCCUGCUGAGAAGAAGAAUGGUUAUGUGCUGCCUAGGGCUAAGAUGGUGAAUGCUGAUUUGGCUAGGAUUAUCAACUCUGAUGAGGUUCAGUCUGUGGUGAAGCCCAUCAAGAAGGAAGUUAAGAGAGCACCAUUGAAGAAGAAUCCUCUGAAGAACUUGAAUGUGAUGCUCAAGUUGAACCCGUAUGCCAAGACCGCUAGGAGGAUGUCCUUGUUGGCCGAGGCCCAGCGCGUGAAGGCCAAGAAGGAGAAGCUCGAUAAGAAGAGGACUCCCAUCAGCAAGGAGGAAGCAUCUGCUAUCAAGGCUGCUGGAAAGGCCUGGUACCAAACUAUGAUUUCUGAGAGUGAUUACACCGAGUUCGAGAUCUUCUCCAAGUGGCUCGGGGUUUCCCAGUAAACUUCUGGUAGUUUGUUUGUUUGAGUCAAGCUUUAUCCGUUGUCUACAAGUUUUGUUUGUUGGAUGUUAGGAAUUUCUAUUUUGGUGGAGGAGGUGAAUGACAAGGUCGUUCCUUAUUUCAGGAGGAUUAUUACUAUCAUUUACAUUACUAUCAUCGUUAGUUGUUUUAUGGUAUGUUAUUAUGUUAUAAUGAGAUGUUACCAGUGUACGGUUCUUUGGUUUGCCAGUCUUGGGACGGCUCAUCCCUGCUUUGUUUGAGAUUAAUUACCUUGCUAGGCUUAAAGGGUGCUUGAUUACAUAGAAUGCAUAUACUGGUGUGAUGUUCUGUGUCCCCCUUUUGGUUUCUGGUGAAAAUGGUGAGAUUGCCAUGUUCUUCAGCAUCUAAUUGAAUAGAGGAUGUAGGGGUUUGGAUGGUUUGCCUUGAUUCUAGCUACAAGAGAGAAAUGUUUCUUCAUAUUCAAAUACCCUUUGUUGAUCUAUCAUUUAGCUACUAAUCUAUCCUUGCUCCUUGUGAUCUGUCCUAACUCAUCUGUUUUGUUUAUGAAAAUCCAUGUAGUUCCAAUCAUAGGCAC